AUGUCGCUGGAACACGCGUUCAAACAGCUGGCAAUACGCCCGUCAUCUCUGUGUCGCCAAUGCAGAAGGACAUAUGCCUCGUCGACGCGGCAACCAGAUCAACGAGGAGCCACCGCAGCAUUCGUUGGUAUGUUACAACCUCGACCGCUACAUACAGAUCUAGAGACUAAAGUUGGAACAGAGACCCUCAAGCAACAAAGCGAGCAAGAUAAGGACAGCCUCAGGCCCUUUUCAACACCCGAUGUCGCCGCGCCAGCACCUCCCAAAUCCGACUGGAUAGACGUUGCCUCCGCCUCAAUCCGCGAAUCCACUGCCGGCCAUCGCGAAAUCGAGAAUCGACGAGCCCUUGCCGAACUUUCAAGGCGUGUAUCGACCGGCGACCUCGAGCGACAGCAGCCGCGAAGAUGGAACCUCGGAGAUGUCUACGCGCCACAUGAUAUCUCGGGAGUAGAAGCGUCCAAAUGGAAACCGAAUCGCAAGCAGCCGAAAACCAAGUUCGAUGUGCUGGAUCGAUUGAGGAUCAACCCGAUUCAUCAUUACAAGAACUUCAGUAUGAUGUCGGAAUACAUGACGGAGAUGGGGAGAAUUAAGCAUAGGAAUGAGACAGGCCUGAGGCCAGUGAAUCAGAGAAGGAUGGCCAAGGCGAUUCGGAGGGCUGUGGGUACGGGGCUGUUGAUGCCAGGAACACAUCGUCACCCAGAGCUGUUGCGGCUGGAGAAGGAAAGUAGUAGACAUACAGCUCGAUGA